AUGGCUUCUCUCGCUCAAGGUGUGGUGAAAUCUAUGGAUGACAAAAUGCUUGAAGAUUCAGAAUACUCCAGUGAUGAAGAACCAACACCACAGAAACGAAGUUCUUCUUCAGAGGGGAGCUAUGAAGAAGAAGAUGAUGAUGAUGAUGAUAACAAAUCAGAGGGGAAGAUACCAACCAAAGAAGAAGAGCAAGCAGAAACUUUAGUACAAGCUGUUCAGACUGAAGAAACAAAAAUGUCAACUUCGACGACUGUGGCACAGCCAAAACCACGGCGGAAGAGAUUCAUUCCUAAAUAUCAAGUUGAAGGCGUAUGCGUGUUAACUUUAAGUGAAGAAACCCAACUUCAAAUAGACUUGGUUGUUGGAGUCCAAGUUAAUGCACAAUACCCUUGGAAAACUGUCGAAAAAUCUAAACUACAAGAAUCGAUUGAAUUAGGAGGUGAAUUAUCCGAGUUUUUCCCUCUUCGUAAAGAAAUUGAGGAAUAUCCCGAAGACGAAAUUUUAAUGGGGUAUAUAGUGGAUGAAUCAAAGGAUACCGAUGAAUUUUACAUAUGCUGCACCAUAGAAGCCAGAGAUCAUUGUAAGCAACAAUCAGAUAAAUUUAUUCGACGGCAAGAAAAAAAAUUACAAAAAGCAAUACAAAAGAAACCAAGACCUUGGACGAGUUUAGGCAGUGAAUCCGAAAUAAUAGAACAAGAACCAAUCAAUACGAGAAAUUUAAUGGAAGUGGAGAUAAAAGCUAAGUUUCCCACUGAGUAUCAACCUAAGAAGUUCGACGUAAGGGACACUGACGCCGUAAGAGAUGGCUUCAUUGAGUUGACUGCGUACAGACAGAGGUUUAAUAAUGUUGCUCGCCGAAGAAUAGAUUGUGCAUCUCAAAUUACACCAUUAUCAGUCGACCAAGUUGCUCAGACUUAUUUAAAAUUUCCACAAAAUAAGUGGACUCAGUCUAUCGCAGAUGCAAUGGGUGAUAUAGAAGAUAUUGAAGGUGGUGGCGAUGUAGUUCAGGAAAGAGGGGAAGAUGACAGUUCAGACGAAGAAAAACACCCUAAAAGAGAACCUCCCGAUGAAGUAGGAUUAAUUUCAUAUCGGGCUGCAGCUGCCCGUAUGCGACGACCAUCUUAUCAAAAAAUGAUCAACAAUUUUGUGUCAUCACAAGUUACUGAAAUGGAGUCCAUAAUAGAGCUGAAUGCUGUAAUGGAUAUGUAUUACAAUGACUAUCCUAAUCUUGUUACUCAGAAACACAUUGAUACGCUUGGUACUAUGGCUUUUGAAGAAAUGUUUCUGAAUCCUCCAGUCUUCAUGCUUUCCCAUCCUAAAUAUGUAAAGCGUAUGGAGACUAUGAUAGAGAGAGAACUUAAAGUUAUGAAGUCUUUUAUGGAGUGGCAAGCAAAUUUUAUACAGAAUAAUCCUCAUGUUUUAAUGGAAAUUAAAAGAAAGGAAGGUGCGCUGUUAGCUGAAAAGGAAGAAGAAAAACGUCGGAUGAAGGAAGAGCAAGAAAAAAGACAUGAUGAAGAAGCUGAGGCUAGGAGAAUGGAGAGGUCAAAAGUUUUAGGCCCAGAAGAAAGAUGGCAGAAAAUUAUACAAAAGUUAAUAGAAAGAACAAUUGCAGUUAAAAAAAGAAUAAACAGAUCACUAUUAAUAGAACACGAAAAACCGUUAAGAGAAUUAGAAGCACAGCGCUUAGAAAAAGAAAGACGGAUGUUAGAAAUAAUGAAAAAUCAAAAAACAAUUUUCAAUGACACUGUUGCGAUUCUUUUUCCCGAAGCAAUACAGAAACCAUGUAAAGUUAAAAAAAGUUUGCUCUCCGAUAACAAAGAGGCACUUAAAAAAGAAUAUUUGGCUGAUUAUCAAUACAUCAAAAAGAAUGCAAUAGUCAUGAUUAAGAACAACCCAUAUAAAGUAGAUUUUCGAUGGGAAUCUACACUUGCCGAAGGUAAAGAAAGAAGAGCUGCUUUGAAUGCUCAACAGAAUUAUGUAAAAAAGCACUACGCUAGAAUUGGAGAUGGGCAUCAUUCGCGACACAGAGCUCCUUCUGAUAAAAAUAUGAUUAUGAAAGAACAAGAAGAAGCAGAAGCAGCGGCUGAGAGAGAAGAAAGAGUAGUAGAAGACGAACCGUCUACUUGA